AUGAUGCACUUGUCGUUCCUUUCUAUCUCGCGCCUUUGCCUCUGCGCAGUCCAUCUUGCCUCGCAUAUCGCUGCUGUCACCCUCUGCCAGCGCGCCGUCCCUGUUGUUGUAGGAAAUAAUGGCGGCAUCGGGAGGCGGAUUAUCAUCUCCCGCGGCCGUCGCGGGCUUGAGCACCCAGGCGCCGGCCCGGUCUCGUUUCCCGGGUCGGCCGUGCUCAGCUCGAAGCAGGCUGCGGUCGGAAAAACGUACCAAACGCGGAAGGUUGGGCUCGGACGACGGGGAUCUGGCUUCCGGAGGGCCGAGGCCCGUAAACAUCGGCCUGGCGUUGAGCGAGGAUCCGUCCCUGCUGCGUCUGCUCGGGGUGGCGGAGAAGCACAGGCGGCAGAGAGAUGCGGGGUUCCACUCCAGCGACAGUGAGGAGGAGGAAGAUUUCACUGGAUUUGGGACCAAAACAGUUCGUCCACAGAAAACUUCUGGCACUGUCCCUCAGUCAUCGUUACUAAGCCAAGCAAAGCCUCCUCAAGCUUCAGAACAUUCUCCUGGAGCGAAGCCUCUCGUUGGAAAAAUUAUUCCCAAAUCCCCAAAAGCGGUACUUAUUGGGAAAAUUGUACCGAGGGUCUCUAAAGAAAGCCAGUGUGUCAAAGAGAGCUCCGUAAAAGACAAAGAAAUGCCAAAGGUGGUAAUUAAACUGCAUGGCAAGCAGGUAGCUCUCACUGCAAAAGCCAAACAUGCAGACGAGCAGGCCUCAGGUAGACAGGGCAGUAAAAGGUCGGCUGACUUUAUCAGGAAAGCAAGAAAAUCAGUGGACUCAGGCAGCAUGCAGAACCAAACAGCCGCUACCUCAGCUGGUGGCACCAAGCAAGAUAAGCUAAUGAGCGCUCUGACAGCAGUCAAGGGUGCAGGAAAAGCUUCCAAGGUCAAAGAACGAGGCGAGGUGUCGGAGGAUUCAGACACAGACCAAUCCCAGCCACAGAGGUCGGUGAAACGCAUGAGGGGGUUUCGAAUUGGGCACACAAAACGCACAUCUCAAGCAGUUGCUCUGUCGUUCACAUCCUUUCACAAACGGCAGAGAAAGAGAACGGCUAAGGGCAUGGGUGCCUCUCCAGAGGCUGGAGCCGAGGCCGGUGCACAGAGUGGAGAAGAGGCGGCAAUGCCCCUCGAGUGUAAAGCCACAGAUUCCUCUGAAAAAAGAACACCCAAAAGACAUCAACGCAGAUCUUUGUUUGGGCAUAGGCGAAAGCCAACAAAAAACGUUCAGACAGGUCCUAAAUUGGGUAGUAUUCGCACUAGGCGUGUUUUUUACACCUAUGUACCUGAGCCCUUACCAGCCACACUGAUGCCGGACGGGAAUGAGCUGCAGCUGAGAGGUCAGAAUAUCACUUCAUCAGAGGGUCAGCCGAGCUCAUUUUCUGAACAAGUGCAGCAGAGCUCAAACAACUCCUCCACUUCUGUAACGAGUGCUCGUUCCUCCCGCGUUAUUAAAACUCCGAAGAGGUUCUUGGACGAGGAAAUGAUCCCCUUUCCAAAGGGUUGUCUGUCAACAUGGCUGAAAAGUCAAAAAAGAGAGGACGCAAAGCCAAGUCCAUCAUGUCACGAAUCAAUCUAUGACGACAACUCCCUGCAGUCAGACACUGACCAUCUGUCUGUGGUCGACAGCCCACCCUCAGUGACAAAGUUUUCAUCAAAGGCCAAUCCAGGCACCAGCCACCUAGAGAUCUACAAGAACCUCAAGAAACUGACCUUGAAACUGGCGGAGAAAAAGAAAGGCCGGCCUGACGCUCGGGGGGAUUAUCCACAUCAUGGCGACGGUUUGACCUCUCAUGGGAAGAAGAGGCGGAGGUCAAAGCUGAUGAUGGAGGAGAUGGACUCUCCUGGUGUUGUGAGGAAACUGGCCGUGGUGGUGAACACUGAUGUGGAAGCGCCCUCACACGUGCUGUUAGGAGACACAGGCAACAAUAAUGAGGCAGGAAGCAUGACGGGGGACAGUCAUGAGCCGUGGGAAGUCAGUGGGCCCAGCCAUCGAAUUGGUCUCAGUGGAGCCAAUAAGACGAUGCUCCACCUGCUGAAGAAAGCCAAAGUCCAGCUCAUCAAGAUUGAUCAGCAGAAGCAGCUGAAGUUAUCACAGCUGGGCUCCAGAGAAUCACGUGUGCCAGUGAGUGGGAGGAGGAAGAGGAGGAGGAGGAGAGUUGGUGUAUCUCCCAAAGAUACUGGUCCUCAGGAGCAGCCGCUGGGCGGUCCAAGGAUCAAACAUGUCUGUCGGGCAGCAGCAGUGGCUCUGGGGCAGCCCCGUGCCAUGGUGCCAGAUGAUAUUCCCAGACUCAGCGCCCUGCCACUUCACGAGAGAGAGGGCAUCACCUUCUCUCCUGCAGCAGAAGAUGUGGCAGAUGAUGACGAUGACAUCACUGAUCAGGGCAGGGCUCAGUGGGUUGUCUCUCAGGAACACAUCCAGCGCAGGAGGAGGAGGGGGAGGGGGAAGGGCCGCAGGUUCCGAAAAAGGAAGGUCCUGAGUGAAUAUGCACCUGGGGGAGUCCGUGCCCGGCGCUGUGGACACUGCAAAGGCUGUUUGAUAGAGGAGGACUGCGCAAAGUGUGUAAACUGCCUCGAUAAGCCCAAGUUCGGGGGGCCCAACACCAAGCGGCAGUGUUGCAUAUAUAAGAAGUGUGAGAGGAUUGAGAAAGCAAAGAUUGAGCGCAUUGUCAAACCAUUAAAAGUCCAGGCAAGGCGGCUGUCAGGAGGGUCAGAGGAGGGAUCGUCCUCCAUGGCGCCUGGAGUCAGAAAACUGUCCCUGCGUAACAUCGCACCACGCUCCUACAGCAGCCUGCUGAAGUCUGAAUCUGAAGAAGAGGAGGGAGAAGAACAAGAGGAGAAGGCAGAUAAAUCAACAGUCAAGUCAAACGUAGUUGCUGCUAGCAACCAAGAUCUUGCUCCUCAAGAUGGCGGCUCACUGCCGUACGACCCUCCAGCUGAGGUGGUGAAGCACCGCCGGCCGUUCUCCAGAGGAGCCGGGAGCAGACCCAGGGCUUCCAAGGAACAGGAGAACACGGAGGAGACGGAGCCCAGAGAAACCAGCCCAUCCAGGAGCCCAAUGCCGAAGCUGCAGCAGCAGCUACAAAUACACUUACACCGUCUGCCUGAUUUUAUCCUGCGGUCUGCUCUGUCUUUGCCGCAGCAGUUGCCCCAGUGUCUGGAUCAGUGUGCUGCACAGUCGCAUCCAAAAUUGUCCCAGCUUGUAACGCAGCCUGCUAUUUCACCUUCCACUACACACUGUCCUCCAGAAUUGUCCCAGCCUGUAACGCAGCCUGCUAUUUCACCUUCCACUACACACUGUCCUCCAGAAUUGUCCCAGCCUGUAACGCAGCCUGCUAUUUCACCUUCCACUACACAAUGUCCUCCAGAAUUGUCCCACCCUGUAACGCAGCCCGCUUCUCCACUUUCACCACAUCCCAUAACAGACUCUCUGCUGUUACGUUUGCCCCAGUCUGUGGUGCAGUCAGCAUUGCAUUUGCACAACUAUAUAUUGUCAUCAUCUCAACAACAGCGCCAGUCCAUACUCCACUCAUCUCUGACAGAGGUUUCGUCAAAGUUGUGUUUUCAGGGACAUCCAAAGUCUGAGCAAAAAGCAGAUGCUUUGACUGAUGCAUGCAGAGCUAGCAAAGAUGCGGUGCGUAAAACUGUGCAAGUGCUUCCUCAGACUGUCGAUCCACUCACAGAGUUACAGGAGAGCACGCAAAUGAAGCAGGAGGACAAACGAGGGGAUCCGCCUGAAGAGGAGGAGGAGGAGGAGGACGGCAACGAUUCUGUUAAAGAGACGGUGCUGCAGAACUGUCCAACAACUGAUCCACACUAUGUCCUUCGUUCCCAGAAUCCCGCAGAGUGUGCGUCAGUGAACACCCUGCCAGGGUUAACUAACGGAUUUCCCCAAAGGGGCCUGCAGAACAAGUACAAGAUCCGCGUGGAUUUCAAGGAGGACUGUGCUGUACAGAACGUAUGGCUAAUGGGCGGCCUCAGCGUCCUGACAUCUGUCCCCACCACACCACAACCCAUCUGCCUGCUCUGCUCCAGUAAAGGACGACAUGAGAUGAUAUUCUGCCAGAUCUGCUGUGAGCCUUUCCACAGUUUCUGCCUCUCACCAGAGGAGCGCCCCAUGAAGGGGAACAAGGAGAACUGGUGCUGCAGGCGCUGCAAAUUCUGUCAUGUUUGUGGCCGUCAAAGCAAGAACACAAAGCCUGUGUUGCAGUGCAGGAGAUGCCAAACCUCCUACCACCCUUCCUGCCUGGGACCGACUUACCCCAAACCUAUGAACUGCAACAUGCCUUGGGUAUGCAUGACAUGCAUUCGGUGUAAAAGCUGUGGCGUGACUCCUGGAAAGAGCUGGGACUUGGCCUGGAACCACGAGCAGGACCUCUGUUCUGACUGCACUGUUCUCCAUAACAAAGGUAAUUUCUGCACCAUCUGCCACAAGUGCUACGGCGACAAGAAGCAACAAACACAGAUGAUUCAGUGUUCAAAGUGCAGCCACUGGAUUCAUUAUACAUGUGAAGGACUUUCAGACGAGCUGUUUGGUUUGCUGUCAAGCCAACCGGAAGAAGAAGUGCUCUUCACCUGUUCACCCUGCAGCCAGCACCGAACUGAACACAGCGGCUUGAAGGUGGCGCUGCAGAGCAGGCUGAUAGCAGGGCUGAAGGAGGUGCUCACUGACCUCCUCUGUGACCAAGCCACACAGCACCUCCUCAUCUGUAAAGCGUGUCAGGAAACCAACAACACACACUUUGACAGGGAGCAACAACAAGUCUGUGAUCUACAAGCAAUGGAGAAGAAGUUUGAAGGGGGCGGUUACACCUCAAUAAAAGCUUUCCAUGCGGAUGUCGCCUCUGUGAUGAGGAAGUGGCUGAAGGAGGAGGAGCUUCUCCCUGAGCACCAGAGAACGACGAGCCAGGCCAGAGCACACUAUGUCAAACUGAUUGAGCGGGUUUUCAGUUGGUUUCCUGAACGCCAUCUGAAAAAGUGGAACUCGUUCUCUGAGGAAUUCCCAAGUGGCAUGCUCCCUGAGGCGGUCCUCCCACCAUCCAUGGAGCACAGCUAUGCACAAUGGCUGGAAAGGACAUACCAGCCGAAGGAGUCCAGGGGCCCACAGGCGGGGAAAACUGAGUCUGUGCUGUCCUCAGUCGCUACACUGCAGUCUGGUGUAUCGCACCCUCUUUAUUCACAUGGUGAAAUGAGUCAUCCGGAAACUACCAAGACUGAAGAUGUGAGGCAGUGUGCCCUUUGCCAACAAUACGGAGACUCUGCCACCAGUGACGCAGGGCGGCUGUUGUACAUGGGACAGAAUGAGUGGUGCCAUGUUAACUGCUGCCUUUGGUCUGCAGAGGUGUAUGAGGAGAAUAGUGCUCUUUUGCAAGUGCACAGCGCUGUCUCAAGAGGGCGCCACCUGCGUUGUGAUCGUUGUGGACAGUCAGGAGCCACUGUGGGCUGCUGUCUUGCCACCUGCCAGAGUAAUUUUCACUUCAUGUGUGCUCGUGCCCAGAACUGUGUGUUUCAGCAGGACAAGAAGAUGUACUGCUUCAAACACAGAGAUCUUAUCAGUGUGAAGAUGGUUUCUGGGAAAGGCUUUGAGGUUUCUCGGCGAGUUUAUGUGGACUUUGAGGGGAUUAAUCUCAGAAGAAAGUUCCUCACAGGCCUAGAGCCAGAAUCCAUAAACAUGACCAUAGGCUCUCUGCAAAUUCAGAAACUUGGUGUGUUGUCAGAGCUGUCGUCAAAUGGGAGGAUGCUGUAUCCUGUCGGCUAUCAAUGUUCGCGGUUGUACUGGAGCACUGUGGACCCUCGCAGACGCUGCAAAUACACCUGUAAGGUGACAGAAGCGAGCACACCUCUCCCUGGUGAGGAACAUGAUCCGAGGUGGGACCAGGAAGAGAAUCACACCAUAGUCCACAGUCCCAGCCACCACAGAGAUAUGGAGUCCCCAGAUCGUUUAAGCUCCUCAUCCAGCCCCAUAAAGUCCACUACCCCAUCUCCCAACCCUAAACAGCACAACACACCUGGAUCCAAAAGUCCAGGUUACACACAGACCAGGAGACCAGCAGGAGGAUCAUCUCGACCUCUCCCAUCUCCAGGGUCCGCGCUUCCCAAAUCGCAUCACAUCCUGACAUUGAGGGACCUGGAGGACACCCGUCGGCCUCGCAGGGUCUCAUCAAGAAGCCGCUGCAGUUCCUUGCCAACAGACAGCGACCCGUCUGUGCCGAUGACCCUCCGCUCUGGUGGCACCGUCAACUCCAGAUGUGCCCUGUUCAGCUCUCCUCCAAGGUCGUCCAACUUGGGUUCAGCCUCGCCUCCUCUAUCGCGCCAAAACUCGACAUCACCAGUCUGGAGCUCCCCGCCUAGAUCGAACUCCAGCAUCUCUGCAGGGCUGUCACUUCGGCAAGGAGCCAUCACGCACUCCCCCAGAGGGAGGCAUAACUUCAGAAUCACCACUCCAGUUUCUGCAGAGGUUCCCCAAGACUUCCUUGCAUCAUCGGAGGCGGAAGAUGCAGCAGUGGCCACAACCAAUGGGAUCUCAUUAGCCCCUGAUAACCUGGAAGAGGAAGUAGCCCACCUGAUGGCCCAGGACCUGCCGUACACUGUGUUUGACACUGACACAGAGGUUGCAGUGGCCUCCAUGCUGAAUGCUAAGCUUGAGUUUGAUGAGGCUCUGCUCAGUGAGACAGUGGCACUUCACUGCGGGAGAGGAGAGGUGGAAGGUGUAGUGCAAGAUGUGGAAAUGCAGGAAGAUAAUCGGGAGAAUGACUACGAAGAUGAAGACUCGAGCCGUUACUUAAAAUUUUCACGCACAGUGGUGUGUGACGCAGCUAUCGGCUCGGACGCCUCCGGGCAGCUUCCCCCAACACAGUCGAUCUCACAGUUAGAUGGAGCAGACGGCGGGUCAGAGAGUGAUGAAAGCGAGGUGGUCAACGAUGAAGCUCAGGACACAGAAGAAGAAGACGAAGAGAUUAAGAUUCAUACCAACCACAAUACACCUACUAAACAGCUGACGGUUGCUCUAAAGAGGCUAGAGUCGAUCUACACCGUGUCAACAGUUGAACAAGGAACAGCUGACCCAGAGUUUCAGGAACAUUGUCCACCAUGUGAUGUUCUUAAACCAAGUUACUCGCACGAUGACAUGUCACUCCGUGAAGAAGAGGUCCUGAUGAGCUCUGAAACCCUACCAUCUCAAAAUGAGGUGUUUUUGGAUUCCGCUACAGGACAUUUUAUUUCUGCUGAAAGUGACGCUGUAAUGUACCCAAAUAACAAGGAAGUUGAGGAUAAAGAUGAAAGUAGCUCAUCUGCCGACUCAGUUGGAGGAUUUAAAGAUGAUUUAAAUGACCCGGACUACUCUCCACAGCAUACAACCAAAAAAUUCCCCCCAGCACACAUGAAAACCAUCAUUGUGAAGACUAAACGUCCAGCAUCAAACCUCAAACGCUUGUCUCCAAAACUGUGUCUUCCACAACAGCACAAUCUCAAUUUGCUGCUGCCCCCUCAACCUACACAGGCUGUAAAUGAUGCGUCGGCCUCCCCGGCUGCUGCCAGUAUUUGUGCAGUUCCACGCACGGUCACUUCCCCCAUUGUGAUCAAUGGUUUAAACGCUUUACCCAUUCAGGGUGCCACACGGGGCAGAACCAUCGCCAUCCGUUUGGACAGCUCGAGGCCAGGAAGUCAGGGGCAAGUUGGGAUUCAGAAUCAAGCUGCAGCCACUAGCUCAACCCCGGCCCAGGCCCCCGCCCGUCAGGUCCUUCUGGUCAACCGUCAAGGUCAGAUUCUGAUCAAAGACCCGAGAACAAACACUUAUCAGGCACUCAGUACAAAUUCUCCUGCCUACAAUAAAAUAAGCCAGAUUGCUAAGCUUCUCCACAGUGGUAAUGCCUUGCAGCGCUCAGUCCCUCGUGUCAUAAUAAAGCCUCGUUCCAGCCCAUCUGCCACCAACGUCCCUCCUGCCAGUAACCACACAGCAACGUCGGAGAGAAAAUUCAUCGUCAGAAUGGUGCCUCUAAAUAGCAGCGUGCCUCCAGCUCCCGCAACUCCUGUCUGUGUGCCGAGUGUUCCUGAAGCAAGUUUCUCCAAUAUUGAAGAGAGCACAGCCCAGGCUAUUAUCGACCGAGCCAUGGCUACCCACCGCGACGAGCCAAAGACGAAACCCAUCAUCCUCAGUAACACUCGGCAGACAAGAGCCAGACAUCGAAGACCGUCCCGUUUUCUGGACGAAGAGGUCUCGGAUCAGUCACCAGCUGCAGGCUCAGAGUCUCCCAGUGGUUUACUCAAUCAACCAAAUUUCAACCUACAACCAACACCUGCUCCAUGGCACCACCAGGUGAGGGUCAAGAGAGUAUCAUCGGUGUCUGAAAGGCCCUCCAGGAAGAAAUCCAAGAUGGACUUCUUGAGGGAUCCCUCAAGUGAGCUGGAUGAAGUUAAUGAAGCCAGACCGAGUCGUGUGAGAAUGAAAGCUCCAACAAUGAAGGAUGUUCUUGACAUGGACCAGAAGAAUAUGUCUGACGAGCCUGAGAAGAUGAGGGUUAUUGCUCCGCCUCCUCCUACGCCCUCCAGGCAUCCUUGGGUUGAGAGUCCACCCACACAUGCACAAACUAACAUUCAGGGUAAAACACACACGUGGGUGAGCGCUCGCCAUGGAGACCUCUCUGAAUGGGGCCCUUAUUCAGGUUUUAGCUCAGAAGAAGAUGCACCUGCACCUAAAUACAGAAAGAGGACAUACAUGAACCAGCCCCACCUGCGUUUUGAAAUCACCAGCGAUGAUGGCUUCAGUGUUAAGGCGAACAGCAUAGAGGUUGCCUGGCGCGCGGUGAUUGACGGCGUCCUGGAAGCUCGAUCGGGCUUCCACAUGAAGCAGCUGCCUCUAGGUGUGAUGACGGGGCCGCGGGUGCUCGGUGUCGUCCACGACGCCGUCAUCUUCCUGCUGGAGCAACUGCAGGGGGCCACAAACUGCAAACGCCACCGCUUCAGGUUCCACCGCUGUGACGACAUCGAGGAAGAGCUUCCCCUCAACCCGAGUGGCUGCGCUCGUUCUGAAGUCUACACACGGAAAGCGACUUUUGAUAUGUUUAACUUCCUGGCAUCACAGCACAGAGAGCUCCCUGACAUAGUAGGCCCUUUUGACGAAGAGGAAGAUGAAUUCCCACUAAAAUCUUCCAGACGAGCCACCAGCAGUGAGCUCCCAAUGGCAAUGAGAUUCAGACACCUGGAAAAAAUCUCGAAAGAAGCAGUAGGAGUUUACAGAUCUGAAAUCCAUGGUCGGGGCCUUUUCUGCAAAAGGAACAUUGACGCUGGGGAGAUGGUGAUCGAGUACGCCGGCACCGUCAUUCGUUCUGUCUUGACUGAUAAGCGGGAGAAAUAUUAUGAUGGCAAGGGCAUCGGCUGCUACAUGUUCCGCAUCGACGACUUUGACGUGGUGGACGCGACGAUGCAAGGCAACGCAGCUCGCUUCAUCAACCACUCGUGCGAGCCGAACUGCUACUCUCGUGUCAUCAAUGUGGACGGCCGCAAGCACAUAGUCAUCUUCGCCCUGAGGAAGAUCUACCGGGGUGAAGAGCUGACCUACGACUACAAGUUCCCCAUCGAGGACGAGAACAGCAAGCUACACUGCAACUGCGGGGCGAGACGCUGCCGUCGCUUCCUGAAUUAGUACACGCACACACACCCCGCAUACCAACAGCCAUCUUGUCUAAUGCACUUGAAUUCAGGAGGUGGGCUUUGAUGAAAUGAAAAAGGCGACUGUUGUGACUUAAAGUGUGUGGUCGCUGACACACACAGACCUGAUCUACUGAAAGUCUUUACUUUGUUGGAAGGUUAAUUCACAGACUGAUCGAGGAUGGCGUGUUUGUUCAUUUCUGUCCUCUGAACUGCUGUUGACAGUCGGAAACCAGAUUAGAGCCAUUUGUCAGAGUUUGGGAUUAAUAUUUAUGUGAUUUCAGACUGCUGGAUUGUUAGUCUGUCAGGAAGUGCAGUUCAGUUCAUGAAAAUGCACUACUUUUACCAUCUCACACAACCCCGUUCUCUCAGUUUUACGUUGUUGAAUUUGUCGUCAGUAGCCAAGGUUACUGGGGAGGCAAAUAUUACCAGCUACAAGCAGUGCAAACUAAAAUAACCUCACAUCAGGUAUUACUCUGUAAAGGGGGGUCUUUUAUUAUGCUGGAGACAGUGUGUCUUUUUUAAAUACAAGGUCACAGAGAAGGUAGAAGUAACACCUCACUUUGACACGACCUCCGCUGGCAGCACUGGUGUCGCAGCAGACAGGACUAAUUUUACUUCGGAGCAAAUCAAACACAUUUGACUCAAGGCAUCUUGUGUACAUUGUAGUGCAGCUAAAUUUUAACCUCACUCUGGAUACCACAAGUCUUGUGAGCAGGGACUCCAAUAUUUUAGGUGCUGGUGACAUUUACCCCCAAAACGUAGUUUUAAUAGUCACCCAAACCUGUUUCCCACCUUUCAGUUGAAAUUUUCUGAUUUUAUUUGUGACGGCAGAGAUGCUGUGAUCUAAAUGCUUUUAUCCUGCUCUUACAGUCUGUUCUUUAUUUGUUAAUUUGUGCUGUUUGUAUAUUUUAAGGUCUAUGAGGGAGAGUUUCCUUGAUGCGGGCACGAACUGAAUAUAGUGAUCUUGCACAGUCCCUUAUAUACCUUUUUUGUAUUUUUGUAUAUUUGAACAAUAAAUGUAUAUUCAACAAGCUGAUGGAAAUAAAUGUGUUUGAGCUUUUAACUUUGUUUUUUGUAAGUGAAGGCUCACUAAUAUAAAUGAAGCUAUUGCUGAGUAAUGGUAAUUAAGUUAAUCUUUUACACUUUUUUUUUUUUUUUUAGGCAGUUUUGCACCCUCUUUUUCUUGUUUUUUUGUCUCUCACAGGUGUACUACCUCAAAGGUGUCAUGAAGCAAGAUUUAAUUUAAUUACAGAACACAUUUGGUGAAAAACCGCUUCACCUCAUUUUCUUAUUGUUCAAUCUUUGUAAUCAUUACAUCUUGAUAGUAUGAAAACAAAUAACAUCAACAAUAUUAAAACUGACUUGCUAUUAUGCCUGCAAUUAUUUUGUAAGAAUAGGUGGCCACCAUUUGUGCUCAUUCCCUUCUGUGUGCAACCACACCCAACUAAUGGAUGAAGAUAGGAUCCUAGAGAUUAGGUUGAAGGCUGAAUGCUGUGGAUGUAUGUUUUGUGUUUUAGGAUUAAUAAUUGAAUUUGACACGCAUAGCUUUUACUUUAUCAGCUCACUAUUGAUCCUUGUCUGUACAUAGUUGUAUAAAGAAUUUCUAAACCUGUUGAAUAUUUUUUUACCUAAAAUUCUUUUUUUUAAUUUAUGUUCAAUAAAAACUUUACAUGUUCAAAACCUA